AUGACAUUGCUUGCCAUUGUGCACAACUCAGAGCGGCAAGCAGUGGGGUUUGUGUGGAACAUGGCUGAUCUCGGCACAGUUGAGGAGCUGGCAUGUAACAAUAACUGUACCCUUACACUCCUGGCCGAGUUGCUUGCGGAUGCUUGCAUCGGCAUCCAUGCCUUGCACCAGCGGGGGUGGAUCCACAGAGACCUCAAGCCUGCAAACUUGCUCGUCAUCACUGACUGUACUGGACAGCUGCGGUGCAAGGUAGCAGACUAUGACCUUGCUGUUGAAGCAGGAGUCCACUCUGGUGCGGCACGUAUACUGUGCUUGCCGUUGGGUGCUGCCGUGUGCUUGCCGUUCGGUGUUUGUGGCCAUGACCCGUCAUGCGAUGAAGUGUUAUCUAUCACCUCCAAUUGCCAAUUGUGCUGUAGCUUUGGGGCAUGCAUCGUCGCCAUCCUUUUCAACGAAAUGAAGAAUCCAGUCAAGGUGAUCAACCAGAUCCAUGCGUCGACCAGUAACCACACAGAGGAAAACCUGAUCAACACAGCCGUGCAUGUGUUCGAUGGCAAGGCACCACGGUGUCUCAUUCACAAGCUGCUGGAGGAGUCGAGGUCCUUGACGUACAAUUCCGCCGUCCGGCGCACGUCCUGUUUGAGCCUUGCAAAGUUGUCUGGGGGCAUUCGUGCCGUUGUGUCCCAGCUGGACUGA